UUCUUUCACCCUGGCUUUCCCUUUCCCUAGCUUUCCCACUUUGAUAGAUCCUACGCCCUUCAAGAACACAUGGCGGAUUCUAUCCUUCACCAGUUUUCCCAGUUUCUUCUUGUGGGUUAAGUAAACUUGAAGAUGUCCCAGUUUCUUGAGUCCUCCCAAAUUCUUGUCUUGUCAAAUUUGAUUUAUCCCAAGAUGUUGUCGUUUCCAUCCAAGAACGUAGUUUUUUCCUGGAGAAGAAAAUUUGCACUUUUUUCAUCAGUAAUAUUUGCAGGACAAAUGAGUUUUUUCAUUUCUUGUGUACAAGCAGCUGACGAUAUACAACAUAUAGAUAGUGGGAAUGAUCCAGGAUUAUAUAGUAAGGAGUUUCCAGAUUUGACUCUCCUGCCACAAAAUGAGGCUGCUAAGCGUGAACUGGAGGAUGCGUUCACAUCUGUGCCGCCAAGGGAACUGCAGUACGUUCCACCCACGACUCUCCCUGCCACGGAGGAGCCGUCGAUCUACAACACGGUACUUUUUAGCUUUGAGGACUUGGGGAAAAAACUUGUCGUGUCGAUCUUUAGCUCCAUAUGUAAGUAGUUAGCUACUUCCUACGAGUAGCUCGUCGUCGUAGGGAGGGUGCAGAAUACCCAUACUCUUAUUGAGUGCAAAAAAUAAAAAAGGAAUCAUCUAAUCUAUGAAAAAUAAACUACUUACUUACACAGUUCACGACGACAACAACUCGAGGAGAGCGAAUUUCGGAACCUUAUCUUGAACCGCUCGACUUCUUCGGAGUUCUACGCACAAGCACAGCGCCGCCAACGACGACGACAACAACCCCCGCGCCUACAGUGGGGAUCUACGUGCCCACUGUUGAAAACCUACCACUUAAACCCGUCGCUGAAGGCCGCAUUUACAACACAACGGAGCCAGCACGAGACGGCCUCAUGGGAAAUAGCUCGAUCAUGAGUACUUACUCUGUUACUGUUGACCGCACUUUGUCUUUGCUGAUUUUACCUGUAUCCUGAAACUAUUCAUCCUAAUAUGUGUUUGUAAGCAGGAGACGUUCACUCACGACUACAUAAUCGUGAUGAUUUCCAUUUCGUUCAAAAUCCAUCUUCCGUCAACUACAAGCUCAACAACUACGGAACAUAAACUCCUAAUACAGUGAUGUAUUACGGUUAGGGUUAAAAACAGCAAGUAGGGUUAGGGUUAGUGAUAUAUUAAAAACAGCAAUGCCGCCGUUGGCUCUGGCCAGCAGUAUCGAUUUGUCAUCGCUUUUCUCGCUGAACGGUACCGUGACAACGACGACGACCCCUCUUCCGUUCUCAACGCGCCUAAUCGUGGAUGCGAUUCUGGAGCUUCCAUUUGGCGUACAAUUCGCCCAAGCCGUACCAGCUUGGGAGCGCAGUGACGCCUUCAUCAACUCCUGGUCAACGGCGGGUUGCAUCAGCCUGAAAAACAACAUUUUCGUCCGUGACUUGGACUGCGAAUAUUUCAAACUCAAGAAAAUCGCGGAGUCUGUUGGCUUAGAAAGGGUCCUGUUGACGGAACGAGGUUCCGGACCUGGAACGGCAGCUACAAUAGCAACUACUGGUGUAGCAAUAUCAAGUGAAACUACCUUAACUGGUGCACGACCCGCAAUCGAACACGUCGAAGAGACGCAUCUCCACCCAAGCCCAAAAAUAGCUACCCAAGCAAAGGAGCGUCCGAUGCACGAACACCAAGCUCCUGUGCUGGAGACCAGGAGUGCUGUAAGUAAAACAGGGAAAAAAUCCACACACCUCCGCCUCCCACAGAGAAAUGCCCACACCGACGCGCAGUCACUUGUCGGAACCUUGGAUGAUGACGAGGAUGGACACAAACCCCAAGCCCAACCUCAUCUUCCACGCCAGGAAGUGACAGGACAUUACGCUGCUGGAAGUGGAUCUUCUAAAGUCGUGAAAGGUGGAAACUUUAUGCAACCACACCGAAAUGCAAAUGUAUCAAAUAGAAAUACCAAGAAGGAGAUUCAAGAUAAGAAGAGCAGAAAGCAAAACAAACGAGGUAUGCAAGUGGUUGUCGGAGAGUCUGGUGCAAUUGGUGGAGUACAUCAUGAUUCGGCAUCUUCUGAGCACUCAAGCGAAGAGUUUUCUUCUAUGCAAUCUGCGGGAACUACGUCCUCGUCAUCACAGAAGAAGCCACAGGCCGACUCUAAGGUGCAUCUUGCUCGAGCAGGAGCAAAAUCAGAAAAAGCAACUCGUAAACAAGUGGAUCAUAAGCAGAAGGAUACCAUCAACGCUAUUAACCUUACAAAAGCCGACCACCGUCACCGUCACUUAACGACCUCCAGUUCCGACGACGAAGAUGAGGAAGAGGAGGAGGAAGUUUCCUCAGGUUUGCGUCGUGUGCAAGUAUACUUGGAUUUCGAGGUUGGCUGUGCGUCUGUGGAGCAAAAAGACAGAGCCGAAGAAGCUGCCCUUACUCUCGAUCGUAGGAUGUUGGCUCAGAACAUGAAUUUGUACGUCAUGAGCGCGCAAGCAGCUGGCGAGCUGGAAGACGAGAUCCGAUUCAUUAUGCCGGUCGUAAAAAAAGUGACGGAACUCUCCGCAGGGACAGAGAAACAGUCUACAAUACCUUUGAUUUUGAUGGAGCAGGCGGGGGAGGAAUCAGAGUCAACCCGUCGCGCGCCUCUUCCGACACAAUGGCGGAUGCGGUUGUUUGCAACGAUGCUCGCGGUUGCGGGCUUCGCUUUCCUAUGAUGCGCAGCGUUAAGACGGAGUUGCACAUGAUGGACCGCUAAAAAUCUUCGUCCACCUCUAAUAUACAAUAUAAUAAGCAUAUCAUCUAUCGUUAACGUUAUAGCCAGUGCCAGUAUCGUUAUUUUUCUACUUGCUGACGGUGUCCGUGGGAAACAACUUUACAUUUUUGGAGGUGCCUUCUAGCAUGUACUACACUUCAACGAAUUCACUAGCGUUGUAGUUGUCAGGGGAAGGAUGGCGACUGCAUUAUAUCUGUAUUCAUUGAAUUCUACCAAAGUCCUUUUUCACUUCUAACAUUUUUUUGAUUUUCUAGUUCCUUGAAAAUCCUGAAGAAAAAGAAAGAGGUUUCUGGAUAAGGAAUUCUAUGCAUGCCAUAUCAUGUGUACGCAUGAUGUGACUGAGAAAUUGAUGACGAUUAAUUUAUGGGGGAUUUCUUGACACGAU